UGUAGCGCGUGGUCGUGAAAUUUUCCGAGACGAAAAUCAAAGGAAAAACAAACAGUGCGAGGCAGCAGCAACAACAGCAACAACUAACUAGAGCAAAGGAAAUUUGACAGACUUUGAUGUGAAUCGGAAACACGGGGGCGAACGAUACCGAAGGAACCAAAGGGAAACAAAGGUGCCAGGCCAAUAGUGUGCAAAUUGAUAUAGCCGGAGCAGCAUGGAUGAGGAGCACGAAGACGAUCGAAUAAUAUGAGAUUAGAUGGGGCUGUAGAGCCCCGGCCCCGUCAAGGAGCUGCCACGUUCAAGGGCCGCCAGCCCCUGAGGCGCGAUACCCGCGAACCAUGUGAGACACAGCCGCAGCAGCAGCAGCAGCAGCCAGCUGACGAAGACGACGAGGCCACAGACGCUGAGUGUUUGACCACCAACCGCAGCAGAAUCAGCAGCAACAAUUGCCAAGCCAACUUGGUCUUCAACCUAGAAGGUGUUUUUUCGGACAGAAUAGUACCAACACCAGCAAUACCCACGGCCAGGGAAACAACUGGAGGCAAAGGCGAACUGGUAGCCGACACCCUGAAAACGCAUACCAGGCCAUUAUUAAUGGCGCCCAACGCGGGGCUAUUAAUGGCGCCCAACGUGGGACAUCAGCGGAAAAGCCUUGGCCUUCGACUUCCGAUGAAGCGGGGCAAGAGGAUGAUGGGCGCGGGCUGGGAGCGCCUUAACGGCCUGGUCCUAUGCCUGAUUUCCGUUAUUGCCCUUCUGCCGCCGUUGACGCUCGGCGAUGACGGUGAUAAUUUCUUUGCGGUGAAUGCCUUCAGUGCGGGUCCGGAGACGACAACGCCAGAGUUUGAUUAUGCCAGCCGUGGGCAGAAGAAGUUCGGCGACAAGUGCGAUAAUACCCUGGAAUGCGGGUUCCCCGGCUCCAUCUGCGAUCCCAAGAAGAAGUCCUGCCAGUGCACCGAGGAUCUGCCCGUCACCAAUCACAUUGACAAAUGUGGCAAAGAGGCCUCCGUGAACGAGUCCUGCUUCUUCAACGAGCAGUGCGAGAUGCGAUACUUCCAGACGGAGUGCCGGGACGGGCGGUGCAUCUGCCGGUUCGAGAUGUCACCCAUUUGGGCCAAGGACGGAUCCGUGGAGUGCAAAGGGCGCCAGGACAAGAGGGGACCCGAGACGUACAUCGAUCCGGCCAUGAUUGGCGUGCUGGUAGGAAUGGCAUUGAUGUUUAUUAUUAUUUGUGUCGUCCUGCGAUUGUUUAGCCAAGCCCGCUGGCAUGAUAACCGGACCAUCUUCAAUACGCCGAAUCCGCGUCUGAUGAACGUCUCGCUGCUGCGGGACAGCAAAUUGCUCCACGGCCAGGAGCGCCGGGGAUCCAGGAUGUCGGUGCGGGCCCCAUCCCGACAGCCCAGCAUGGCCUCCCUGAGACCCCACUCCCCCAAUCCGUCGCUAGGUAAGACAGGCUCCGAUUCGCAUGGCAGCAAUGCAUCGGCCGCCUCGGUGCGCUCCAAUCGCAGCAACUCGGUGGCUCCCGGCAAGGUUGUCCACCACGAGCGCCACGGAUCCGCCCAUCGCCAGCACCACCAACACGGCCACCAACAACCGAAGGAGCAGCCGCAGUCACCGCAGGAUCAGUCGCUGAUCACCAACAUCACCACAAAUCCGGUGGCCGAGAGCGUCACCGUGGAGAUCAUCGAGCCGGGACAGAAGUAGAGGGGCAGAUUCAACAGUGGGAUCGGCGGGAUUCAAAGUAUAAAGCGAAAUGGUAUAGGCAAGAUUAACUGGCUAACUCUCUGACACACGAACACUGGACACGUAAUACGAAACAUAUAGUCACGAUAUAUGCACGCGAUAAUAAGGCGGGCCCGCUCACAAAAGGGGCGUGGCCCCGGCAACCAACACACAAAAUAAAAAACACAAACACAUAAGGCCAUUGUUCGACUCUUUUUGACAAAGACAAUUUUUGCAAUUAAUGGAAAUUUUUUAACCAAACCAAUUAUAUACUUAUUAUAUAAAUACGGAGCAUAUAAAAACACACACACAUACACCCAGAACAAUGCUAAAUGAAUUACUUACGUACGACUACACCGUAAAAAAUAAUUGAAAAAAACCUUGCAUAACAAAUUCAUACUACUCUUUUUUUCAACCAAAAAAAAAAAACAAAGAAAACUAUAAAGCCGAAAGAGGAAAACUUUAUUAAUUUAAAUAACAUAUUGUAAUGCAGUUAAAUAACUAAGCUUUGGGUUAAAGGCUUUAAGGAUUAAAAACACAGUAGAGGAAACCUAGAGCAUGAUCUCAAUCGUAGUGUUCUGUAGCCAGCCAUUGGAGGCAUUGUGCAUCGUGGCCAAAGAUGCGACAAAUUGGCAGAAACCAAAUGCAAACCGCUGAUACAACGCCUUAUCUAUACUUAUAUUAUAGAUCCAAUUGCCGCUCUAGCUCCCAAAUAUGGAUGUUAUUACCCACAAACGAUGACAAACCAAGUUGAAGAAAUAUUUAACAACCUCGGGACCAUAUUUUAUAAUCAAAAUAUGCGUUUCAUUGCGAAGCACGCACGUUCACAUUAUUCUCGUUUUGGUAUUAACUUUUUAGGUUCGGAUGUAGGGAAUACUGAAAAGGAGUACCUAGAUUUUAACAACUAGCUGAGCAAAUAUUAGGGAACACUCACAACAUGAUAUUAAGGAUAAUGAUUAUACAAGCUCGCAAUGAGUGCAAAAUCUAAAUUGACUUCCAGUUGAAUGAUAUGGUUUGACUUUAGUUCGAUUUUAUGCUGAUUUUUAAGUUCGAUAGCCUUUACAAUCUCACACAGCACACCGCAGAUCGGGGCUGAGGAUUUUCGGACAGUGUAUUGGGCUAGUCGGGAAUAGGGGAAGAUUUUCGAGUCUGUCCAAUACAAAGUUCGAAUCGAACUCGGACAACGGAUCUCCAGGUAAUAGCCAUAGUAGAAAUAUAAAAUAUCGAUAAGGUUUAGUUGUUGCCCCCAAAACAGACGAUUCUCAUUUGCUUUUGUGCUCAAUCAAAGAAGCUUAACUGUGAGAAUACCAAAUGAAUACAUGAUACAAAUAAACGUAGAGCGAAAAAAUCUUAAAGUUGCUUGAGAACUUCUAGCUAAACAAUUACAAUUAGAAUAACAUCAACAAAAAAAUUUAAAAAAAAACAAAAACAAUUUUAUUAAAGCAUCGAAUUUUUCUUAAAACAAAAUGAGCAAACAAACAAUCUUAUUUCUAGGACAACCAAAUCUAGUUACUUAUUUACAUCCUAAAGGGCAUUCAAUAAAACAAUUUAAGCUUUGGAAUUUGGGGAAGAAUUUCAAGGUUUAACUUUGUUUUUAACAAACCGCAAAACACUUACAUCUAAGCACCAAAGAUUUAGAGUAUAUUACAACUAAUUAUAAAAGAGAA